AUGCUGGCCAUGCUGGCGCACCGCAAGUUCCCCAGCGGGCUCCACAUGCCCCAAAUCAACGGAGAGGCGGCAUCGGUAUGCCCGUUCUUCCUCUUUAGCCACUUCCGCCCCAUCAUGCCUCCGGGACACCACUCACAAGCAGCCAUGAAUCAGGCUGCCAUGGCGCAACACCAUCCUCCCGGACAAGCUCUUACGAGCGAGCUGGCUAAGCGCCGCAGUCGGAAGCCAACCGACAAGACACUCCCUGAUGGCGUGGAGGACUGCAUCAUCGAUUCCGAAGUCGCCCAGCGGUACAAGGAGCUACGCGACUUUGAACGCCGUCUGGAUGCAACCAUGACGCGCAAACGCCUGGACAUUGUCGAGGCCGUCGGUCGCAAUGCCAAGCGUUACAAGACCCUCCGUGUCUGGAUAAGCAACACCGUCGAGGAUCAAGCGUGGCAAGGUAGCGGACUCAGUGUCGACAGCUUCGAUUUUACUCCGAGCGCCGAGCCUUCCUACCGCGUCAAGAUCGAAGGUCGUCUUCUCGAGGAUGGCCAAGACGAAUCUUCAGAGGACGCGCCUCAGAACCCGGAUCGCAUGGACGAGGACGGCGCCCCCAGCUCGAGACGCCCAAGCUCCGCUCCCGCUCCCGCGCCCCAGAAACAUCGAUUUUCCCAUUUUUUAAAGGCUCUCAAUGUCGAAUUCGAUCGCAGUCGCUCACGAGCUGCCUCGGACCAGACUGUGGAAUGGAAGAAGCAGCCAGGUCAGAACGCAGCGGCUGGCGCUGAUUUCGACGAGUUCACCUUUAAACGGAGCGGAGACGAGAAUAUGAACAUAACCAUCAACCUGCAUCGCCAGGAAGAUCCAGAGCGAUAUCUCCUGAGCCCUGAGCUGGCAGACAUCGUUGACAUGACAGAGGCAUCUAGACAAGAGGCCGUACUCGCUGUAUGGGAGUACAUCAAGAUGAUGGGUCUCCAGGAAGAUGAGGAGAAGCGCAACUUCCGCUGCGAUGAGCUUCUCAGGAAGAUUGUCAACGGCAACGACGUGGGUAUGAUUCCCAAUCUUAACGAUUAUAUUCAACCCCACCUGCGACCGCUGUCCUCAGUCAGCAUACCAUAUACGGUUCGUGUUGACGAGGAAUUCCACAAAGACCCUCAACCGACAGUCUACGACGUCCGCAUUGCAGUUGACGAUCCUCUGCGUUCGAAGCUUCUGCCAUUCGUGACCAACCCAGCGUAUGCCGGCACCCUGAAGGAGGUCGCCAAUAUGGAUGAGCAACUGGCAACGCUGGUAGCAGCCAUUGCCAGUUCCAAGGCCAAGCAUUCAUUCUUUAUGUCGAUGAGCCAAGAUCCUGCCAAUUUCGUGAGAAAUUGGAUGAGCUCCCAGAAGCGGGAUCUGGAGGUUAUCAUGGGAGAGGCCACAAGAGGAGGCGGGGAAGAUGCCACAGGUGACGACUGGCGGCGCGGCGGGAAGGAUAGUGUCUGGUCAUCCUCAAAUGCCCGCGAGAGUGUUAAUGUUAUGCUGGCUAAGCAGCCAACCCAGACCUCUCGCUGA